AUGAUUUCCCCUUCCGGCGAUUGUCUCCAUUCCAUAAACCUUGAACCAAGUAUUAUUAGUGACACUGAAGCAGUAAAGAUUAGUGAUAUUUUGGGUGACGAGCAUAGUGCUGACAGGUUUGAAAUAAUUGGCUCUAGUAAUGGGUUGUUAUGCCUAUUUUGUCAGGGAAGAGGAGUAGGUGGCCUAUAUAUAGUUAAUCAUUCCACAAGAGUUUCUAAGAAAGUAGAAAAGUUCAAUUUAUCUAAUCUCGACAGAUUAUAUGGAUUUGGCUAUGAUCACACCGUUGAUGAUUACAAACUGGCGAAACUAGACAGAGACAAAGACAACUUAGGCAUAUAUUCACUGAAAACUAAUUCUUGGAAAAAGGUUGAAUCAUGUUUUCCUCACCAUUCCUUGUUUCCUAUAUGUUCUGGGCCAUCUCUGAAUGGAGCCAUCCAUUGGGUUUGUUUUGAUCUUAUUGAUCCACAGCCGUGGACAGUAUUAUUAGUGAUUGUUGGUUUCAGUUUGGUGGAUGAGAAAUUCUGGAAGAUUGCUGUGCCUGUCCAGGCGAGACUCCAACUAGGGGUGUUUAAUGGGUGUCUUUGUACGCUAAAUUAUAUUAAGGGUGAAUUUUGGGUGUUGAAGGAAUAUGGGAUGACACCGUUUUGGACUAAAGUUGUGAUUGAAAUGCCAUCUUUUCCAAUCAAGUUAUUGGUUUUGGUGAUAAGUGAAGAAUUAUUGAAGAAUGAUGAAUUAUUAUUUUUGACACACUCCAACAAGUUUGCUUUAUGGAACACGAGACAGAGAACCAGUAGGGAUCUAAUACUUCCAGAAAUUCUAGAAGCAAGUGCAGUUUUCAAGGUAGGAAUCGAUAGGGAGAGCCUCAUAUCACCCCAUCACUGCUGUUUGAAUUAG